GUGCAAACCCACGGAGCAUUCCUGCUGAUGAUGGAGACUGGGAGACUGCUUGGCCUGGAAGAAACAAAGAAGGCGACGGAGCAGGACGAGCACAUGCUGAGGCUGCUGACACCGAUCGUUAAACUGUACACUGCAAAGCAGGCUGUUGCUGUGGUCUCAGAAGGGUUGGAGUGUUUUGGAGGACAGGGCUUCAUGGAAGAUACAGGUCUGGCCGUCACGCUCCGGGAUACCCAGGUGCUAACAAUCUGGGAGGGAACAACUAACGUCCUGUCCCUGGAUGUUCUGCGCUCCAUUCUCAAGAGCCAAGGGAAAGCGCUGGAUGCCUUUUUCGCCACUGCCCAGGCCAAGUUGGAGGCGGCUGCCCGACUGUCUGAACUGCAGCCUUCUGUGCAAGUAGUUCAGAAUAAUCUACAACAACUCAAGCGGUUUGUUUCAAGAAUGGACUCGGAGGGAGAAGCUGAGAUGCAGCUUGCAGGAAGAGACUUUGCCUAUACUCUGGCACGGAUCUAUGCAG